GUGCUUUACCCCGUUGAUUUCCGUGUAGAGAAAGCCGUGAGCCAGCGCGUAGUACGGAGUGCACCUGCUCAGCAGGGGAGUCCCCGCCGUCGAGUCACUAUGGAGGUGCAAAAGGAGGCUCAACGCAUUAUGACCCUGUCGGUGUGGAAGAUGUACCAUUCGCGCAUGCAGCGCGGAGGGCUGCGGCUGCACCGAAGUCUGCAGUUGUCUCUGGUCAUGCGUAGCGCCCGGGACCUUUACCUCUCCGCCAAGGUGGAAGCCCACGAGCAGCCCGAGGGGCCCUCGCCGCCCACCCGCUCCCCUGACCCUCGCCUGCACCCACUAAGGGGAGCGCAAGCCACUGCAGAGGCAGCGUCCUCCGGAGCCGAGCAGCCCUGCCCGGAGCCCAUGGAUACUCAGGAGGCGCCGAGAGCCGAGGAGACCCCUCCCCGCUGUGCCCCGCGACCCGCCAAAGUCAGCCGCAAGCGGCGGAGCAGCAGCCUCACCGACGGCGGGGAUGCCGGACUGGUCCCAAGCAAGAAAGCCCGUCUAGAAAAGGAGGACGCGGAAGAAGGGGAGUCUUCGGAGAUCCUUGAUCGCCUGCAGGCCCCUCCCGCGCAAGCGGAAGGCGCCUUUCCCAAUUUGGCGCGUGUACUACAGAGGCGCUUCUCUGGUCUCCUGAACUGCAGUCCCGCCGCCCCCACGACGGUGCCAUCGCCCCCGGCACGCGAGGCGAAGCCGGUCUGCCGCUCGGCGGAUAGCAUGCUGAACAUGCUCGUACGGGCCGUGGUGGCUUUCUGAGGGCCCCCGAGCGGCGCUGCCGAAGCCCAGAGCGCGGGUCGAAACGUCGGCCCGAGUAUACAGACCCGAGGCCAGGCCACCCCCGCGGGAAGGUCUGCGGAAACGGUGGAGAGGAGCCGCGGCCCGGGCUACUGAGAGGCCCGGAGAGCGAUUAUGCCCCCGAGGAGCUGUCGCCACCCGUGUGCAGCGGCGGCGCCAAGGAACCUGAGACGGGGGCUCAGACACCUUCCUCUGAGACCUGCCGCGCCCACAGGUGCUGUCUUAACCGACCGGGACAUGGCCUUUCCGUCUCCUUCUGGGACUGGGUGAGGGAGGUUUGGUUCCUGAAAUUCCUCAGGAUCGGACUUUAUUUUUUUACUGGGGGCUGCGUUGCCCGUUCAAGGUUUUUCAAUAGUUGGUGUUCGCGUUUCCAACUCAGAGCAUUCCAGGCACUCUUCUUUCCCCUCCAGUGACAUACUUAUGCAAGCGGUCAUCGUUGCGUCAUGGGGCAGACGUGGGGAGCUUCCUGUUGCCUUGCGUGGGUGUGGGGCCUGGGAGGAGGGCUGCCUGAGUCACUUAGCCGCCGCGCGCGUCACCCUGCGCCCCUGUGCCUUCAGGUUAGGGAGAAGCUGAUCUCGUUUCAGGUUAGAAUUUUCCUCUUUUGGUGCGUUCAAUGUGAGGAUAUGUUCACAGUCUCAAGCGUGACCCUCCGUCAGGCACAGACACAGUCACUCAGAAGAUCUUGGUCUAAAUGACAAAAAUAGGGGAAGGGAGUGUUCAGAGCUCUGUAAGGAUGAGCUAGGACCAGUUGCUGGUGAGACUGGGCCAGUUUGGGGAGGGGGAGAUUCUAACCAGUGCGUUCUGAGGGUCUAUUUACUCUGGUGGGUUCUGUUUAACUCCGUCUAUCUGGCCUUUUGCUAGAGAUGCCAGAUACGAAAAUAAAGGCCAUUUGAAUAAAAAGUCGGCUGUCUAGUUUUCUUCCCUGGUCGGGGAGGGGCAGGAUUAAAGGGUCAGGAGGUGGGGGCGGCUUGCUGGGACCGAAGAACCGGUCUGACCGGCUUCCACGUGGUCGAGAGGGUGCUGGGCCCCCUUUUCUCAGCCGGAACACUUCCGAGCUGGAUAUCCUGGCACUCCAACUCCAUAAACCCCUCACCUUUGAGGGUUCUUUAGAAAUUCCCCUAUAGUCCUGGCUCGGUUGGUUAGAGCGUCGUCCCUAUACGCCUAGGUUUCAGGAUCAAUCCCGGGUCAGGGCUCAUAAAAGAGCCAACCAAUGAAUGGGUGGAACAACGUGUCAUUGUUUCUCUGUUUGUCUCCCUGCCUCCUUCUCUAUGAAAAUCAGUGAACGAAAUUUAAAAAGAAAUUCCCCUACAAGUAUGGGGGGAAGAGGGCUUUCAAAGUUCAGACAUUUGGGAGGACACCAAUGGGGACGGUGCCCCAUGUGUAGCUGGAGAACCAAGCCUCCUUUCCAGACUGGAACGACGGCAUAUUCCCUCCACCCCCACCCGGAGGCACUUGACGAACUGAAUCAUCUGGGGCGGGAGGGAAGCUGAGCAGGUAAACUUUGGAGCACACUUUAUGCCAUGUUCCAAUCUCUGGUUGUGAAUUAUGUGGCUCAGACAGGGAGGUAAACUCCCAGCUUCAGUUUCCUCAUCGGUGGAGUUCGCCUUUAAACAGCUUCCCCAGGGGUAGGCUGCAGGUUUAGAAAUACUGUGGGAGCCUUUGUUAUUUGCUUUGGCUCCAUCCCAGCUCCAAGUUAGCCACCCCAGAAGAGAAAGCUCUUAUAAUUCACCCAGUACUGGCCCAGGAGGGGGGCUGUGGGGAGGACAAAGGAGCCACAAGUGUAAGGAGUGAGGGUGGUAGGAGGUUCAGGAAAGCACCUGCCCCAACUCUGGAGGGCUAGGUACCCUCUGGGCUUCCCAUGACCUCGAAGAUCUGACCCCAAGGCAGAAGGGUGGAAUGUGGAGGAUGAAAUAGAGGAACUACCCACCCCAGAAUACCCCACCUAGCUCCCUCCAGCUUCUUCCACCUCCCCCACCCCUGGGAAUUUAGCCCAGCUAGCCUCCUUGGCCACCUGAUUCCUCCCUGGGAAAGGAGGGAUACUUAGUGCAACUCACUCCAAGGCCUGACCCAGAACUCCCCAGUGGGCUGUAAGGGACUGGAUCCCCACACCUCCAGUGGUAGCUCAAUGUGUCCUCU